AUGUUUUACGUAGAUGAUAGCGACACAUAUGAAGAGGAGAUCGAUGAUUUGCCUGAGGAUGUAGACAGCGAAUUCGAGACCGUGGAAGAGCACGACCCGUUUGAAGCUUCGUUAAUGAUGGGGGCCCAAUUUCAACAACUUGUAAACAUUUACGAGAGUUCUGCGUCCGUAUUUCCCCCAUUAAGAAGAAUCCCCUACCGAGAAUCCACGUACUCGAGUUUGGACUGGGGCAUCAAAGGCAACGAUUUGCAGCUGAAACAUUCAGAAAAUCAGGAGAGACAGACUGCAUUGGUGCAAUUGACGGGACUAUUAUACCUGCGUGGGUGCCAGAAGGACAACAUGGUUCCUAGAUGUAGGAAAGGGUAUUUGGCGCAAAAUAUGAUGUUGGCGUGCGAUUUUGACCUUAAGUUCACUUUUGUUCUAGCGGGAUGGGAAGGCAGGGCAAACGAUGCACGCAUUUUCAAUCAGACGUUGUCGGACCCUAGAUAUAAUUUCCCCUAUCCACCGCCCGGUAAAUUCUACGUGGUGGACUCCGGAUAUGCACACAUUCCGGGUUUCAUGACACCAUAUCGUGGUGAAAGAUACCAUCUUCCGGAGUGGUUGGGGUCUAACCAAUUGCCUGGAAAUGCUCGUGAGUUGUUUAACAGGCGACAUGCCACUGUCCGUAAUGUUAUCGAAUGCAGCUUUGGUUUGCUAAAGGGAAAGUUUCCAAUGAUAAAGGGGUUGAUGCCAAACUACAAAGUUCAUUCCCAAACCGAUAUAGUAAUAGCAUGUUGUGUCCUACACAAUUUUAUUCGGAUGCAUGAACUGCUCGAAAACAUGCCGCCUGAAUUCAGCAACCCAGAAUACGUACGACGACAUGAUCCAACUGAUCGGACUUUCCCUUUUAUGUCGAGUAAUAACUCCAACGUCGGCGGUGGUGAGCAUUAUGUGUUGCGUGACAGCAUAGCCCAAACGCUAUGGGCGAACGAAGAUAAGAACAUCGGGCGUUUCAGGUCGUAUUUGGUAGGGAGUCAGGAACCUGAGGGCUUAUAA